GAGUUGGGUGUUUUUGAAGAAGAUUUAUGUGAAGAAGGAAUGUUUAAAACUUUAAAGAAAGAAUUUCCUGAUUGUGAAAUUUAUCUUUCUGAAGUUCACAAGGCAACCGCAAAAUUUUAUUGUGAGAAGCAGAAAGAUAUUUCAAAUGAUACAACAUCCUUGUAUAAGUAUUUAUUAAGAAAGAAGAAAGAAGAUUCUAGCUACAAUAUUAUUUUAAACGAUAAUACUAUCAAGACACUGAAAAAUAUAAUGAGCCUAGAGUUGUCAACCAAUGUACAGACAACAUCAAGAGUUGAGAGUUACAAUGCUCAAAUAAAGCAAUUAGUUUUAAACUCUAAUGUUAGUCUUAUAGAACUUGCUAAUGCUUUAGAAACAUAUAUAAAUGAAGAAACAUUGUUUUCUGAAGUUGACAAGGCUUUGAGUCAUUUUUUUACAUCUGUGAUGCUAAAAGUUCAAUGUAUUGAGGUUAAAAGUUGUUUAAAUUAUCAAGCAUCUUCUAUAACAAAAGCUGAGCUAACUAGAUAUCAAGAACCUAAAUCAGAUACUAUGCAAUUUGUUAAAGAUGAUGAAGAUGUAAUGCAAGUUUCUGUAAAUUAUAUGUUAAAGAAUAUAGAUAUUAGUAACAUUGAAGACGAUAAAGAAAAUAAUCUAUUGGCUAGAAUAUCUUUUCAAAACCCAAAAAGGCAUAAAGCAAAAGGACGGCCCAAAA